CAGGAUAAAGUGCAUUUGUAUUUGAGUUCCAGCAGCAAGUGGAUCAAGAUUUGUUGGCGGAUGAGCACUCACUUUCUUUUCCUGCAGGACCAAUUCAUUUUCAACACGACAAUGUGGAGCAGGUGAAAAGACCUUUUGUUUGGACCCGCAAGCUGAUGAGCACAUGGUGCUUUUGCUCCAGCGGACUCUGGCGUGAUCCAAGGUGGCGUCCAUGUGGACGACAUGAGGCAGCUGGACCGUCAACGACAAAACCUGCACGACUUUCUUGCUGCUGCCGUUACGCCCACUCUGAUUGUGAUGGUUUUCCUCGGUUCGGGUCACUGCUGUCCCAGCGUGUGCACCUGCAAUGGGAGCGUCAGCGACUGCUCGGGUCUUUCCCUGACUACCUUGACGCCCCUCUUGCCUCUACUGGAUCAGGGCUGCGUGACGUUGCGCCUUUUUCAGAACAACCUGUCCACACUCGCACCUGUGGACUUUGGCAACCUCACCAGUCUGGAAGCCCUUGAUCUUUCCCAGAACCAAUUAUCCAGCCUGUCCUCAGGAGCAUUUUCAAAUCUGGGCAGUCUGCAUUGGCUCAACCUGUCCACCAACCUGCUAGGCGCGAAUUUGACCACUGAAGACUUCAAUGCCAGUGAGGAGGCGGACCGUGGCCUAAAGAAGGGGGUCUUUAAGGGUCUGUGGUGGCUGCGAGGCCUAGACUUGUCCUCAAAUGACCUCCCCUGGCUGCCUACAGGGCUGUUGGAUGGUUUGCAGAGACUGUCGUGGUUGUCGUUGGCCAGGAACCGUCUGGCCAUUCUAGAAAGGGCCACCUUUGAGCCUCUGAUGGGACUUCAGCAUCUGCACUUGAUUGGGAACCCCUGGCAAUGCGACUGUAAGAUGACAGGCUUCAAACAUUGGAUGGAGUGGAUGAUCUACCGAGAUGGGCUGGUAGAUGCCAUGAUCUGCAGUCUCCCCAGGAAAUUGUUGGGCCGGGACAUCCGCAGGGUGCCGGCAGAGAUGUUUACCCACUGUGUGCAGAGUGCCAAUAGGGAAUCCGCAUCGGAAAAUCUGAGCCGCCCCCCGUGUCCGCCGGGCCGUCUCAGCAUCACGGACGAUUGCGUACGGCAGCGUUACCGUCCGAUCAGCGUUCGCCGAGCUCACGGUACGCAGAUUGUAGCGGGUGUUGUGUGCGGGACCGUAUGCAUCAUGAUGGUGGUGGCAGCCACCUAUGGCUGUAUCUAUGCCUCGCUCAUGGCACGCUACCAGAGGGGCGUGAAAAACCGAGGAGAGCCGCUCAUGGCCCAGGAAGGACCGGAUGGCGACCCAGAAGAAGGGCUUGAAGAGACAACGCCCAAAGAGGCCUGCGUGGUGUACGGGUACCGCAUCAGCAGCUUCUGAUUUACUAAAGAUUCCUGUUCAUCCAUCACCACAGUAACUCACCUUCAACCUCUAGGCCCAAUGAAUCAUUUUGUCCCUAGAAACCCACUGUAUAGUCCACUAUAUAAAACUCCAUUAUAUUGAUUAGGGAGUAAAUAAAAUUUGAAUGAUUCGCAACACAACCAAAACCUCCUUAGUCCUACUACAGCUUGUUACACAGGCUCUCUCGUCCUUUAGCAAUACUGUCAUCUACAGCCAAAACAGAGCUACUACAACUUCAAUCAGCAUCACCUUCACUGACUAACCAGUGUGUAUAUUUACUGUAAAUGUGGAUUGCCUAAAUUCCCCACUCUGGUGCACACUUCACCUGAAUUCCUCAAUAAAAUGUUUUUUCCUGA